AUGGUUAUUAGACAUUUUAGGAAGCCGGGCGUUGUGCAGGAUUCGGACUCGGCAAGUUCGGAUGAUGAGAUUUAUGAGGAUGGCAGUAGGCAGAGCAAAAUUGAUGAGGAGGAGGCAGAUGGUUCGGAGACAAAUGACGAGUCUGACAGUACCGAUGACUCUAGUAGUGAUGAGGAGGGGGAGCCUGCUGUUUUUCAUAGACCCGUGUUUUUGAAGAAGGUUGCUGAGAAGAAGGUUGCUGAGAAGAAGGGUUUGUUAGCGGAGACGAUUACAGACGGUAAAGCUGAUAAACCCUCUAGGACGUUGGAGCAUGUUAAAUAUUUUAAUGAUAUUCGCGAUAAGGUUGAGUCAACUCAUGGAUUGCUUACUACUUACAGCACUGAUAAAGAGCUGGUGAACCAGAUUUUACAGCUGGAUGAUGAUGACAGUGACGACAAUGAUGACGAUGGAAAGAAAGAGCACCACCGUCUUUGGUUGGAACGACGGGAAAAACGUAGAAAUAGGCUACGGGGUAUUGAAUUACAGAAACAAUUGGAAUUGGAGGAGUAUGAAUUAAACAAGCAGUCGAACCAAGAGUCUCAAUCUCUUUUAGAAGGCAAGCAGUCAUCUAGUCACUAUUAUAAUAGGCUGAAAAACAACAAUACUUUCUCUGAAGAGAAAGGGGAGAGGCUGCCCAAGAAGCCAAAGCACUCGAUUAAACUAAAGAGCUCCAUUGCGUCGGAUAAUGCUGCUGAGAAUGAGUAUUCUGUACUAUAA